AAUGACGGCUACCGCUUCACACUUGAAUACUUCGCCGCUAUCGAGCUCAGCCCUGGACAGAUUUACAUAUCCGCCAUACCACAAAUGCCUUCCUGCAAACUCCUUGAUACAUACACAUCCAAUCCCCAGCGCAAUAAAAGUGACCGAUCAGUCAAAGUGGUUUCUCAGCGGGACCGCCAGUGGCAGGCUUGUCUUCGUGUCAUCGAAGGACAUACAGACUGGGUCAAUUCGGUGAAGGCGUCGAGCUCGGAGGGCUGGAUAGUAUCCGGCUCCGAAGAUGGUUGGGUGCGCACUUGGGAUCCGAACACUGGUACCUCACUGCUUGCUAUGGAGCAUGAUCAUGCCGUGCACGCCGUCGAUGUUUCGCCCGAUCAGCACUAUAUCGUAUCUGGCUCUGAGGGCAUCAUCUGCAUCUGGAAUGUGGCCACAGGUGCACUCAUCCGCACUUUGCAAUCUCUGCCGCCGUCGACUGGCCUUGCGCUGGCCUUCUCGCAAGAAGGCAAUCUACUCGCUCUUGGAAUGUCAGAUAAUCUGGUUCGAAUUCGUCGCGUAGAAGGUCAUGUUCUUGCAUCCCCCAGCGAUUUUGAGGGGCAUGAGGAAGCUGUGACCUCGGUAGUCUUCUUCCAGGGCGCAAAGUACUUGGCAUCUGGCUCGCAUGAUGCCAGUGUCCGCAUCUGGGAUGUUGGGAAUUCAUCUUGUUACAAAAUCUUGACGGGUCAUACCGAUAGCGUCCACGGUGUCGCUGCUUCUCCUGGGGGUGACUAUAUUGCUUCUAGCUCAUGGGACAAGACUAUCCGCCUGUGGGAUUACCGCACUGGGGAGACACUAGCUGUCUUACGCGACCAUACCAACACUGUCCAAUCAGUCUCGUUCACGCACAACAGUACUCGCCUUGUCUCGGGAUCGGAUGACCAUACAAUUCGGACGUGGGACUUACAAGUCACUACCCAAGGCAUAUCGUCCAGAGUUGGGCACAAUUCCGAGGUUAGAUGUGUCGUAUUUUCGUCGGAUGGAACCCGAAUCGCCUCGUGCUGUGCUGACGGAGUCAUUGCAAUCUGGGACACAAGCGAUGGAAAACAGCUCCAG